AUGCCUUUGGCUACUGUUACUACAAAUAGACUGCUGCUAUAUGGUGCUGUUUCGACGACUCUGGCAUCAUUGGCUGUGUACACCACUUUCAGCACACACAGCAACUUCUACUCGGCCGUAGUCCAUUUGUCCAAGAGCAAUGGGAGCAUACUUACACUUGCCAAUUUCAUGGUGUUUGUAACACUAAUGGUGGCUAAAGUAAUGCAACUCAUAUUCUUUGGACCAUUGCGAACCAAUGAAGUCGAGCGUCUCUAUGAUCGAACUUGGUACUUCCUUACCGAAUCCCUGCUCGCAUUCACAAUAUUCCGUGAGGACUUUGAUGCAGCCUUUGUGUGUUUAUUUGGGGGACUUCUCUUUGUCAAGUCGUUCCAUUGGAUACUUGCAGAUCGAGUCGAGGCGAUGGACCAACAACCUUAUCCGGGCCCUCCAAAAUCAUUUCAUAUACGUACAUUGGCUUUAUUCAAUCUCCUUGCUCUAGUCGAUGUGGUGGUGAUAGGUUCUCUUGCCGAGGUGAUACUCCAUGAGGGGGUCGAUGGUCUGGUAUUGUUUGUGAGCGAGUAUGCCAUUCUGUUGGCAUCCUUAUUCAACUCGUGGCUCAAAUACCUUAUUUCAGUGUAUGAUAUCUAUCGAGCAUCACGACGAGGUGGCGAUGAUGCACCACCCUGGGAGCACAAGUCCAUGUACAUCUUCUACGUCGAGCUUCUCACGGAUUUCCUCAAACUCAGCACUUACCUGGCAUUCUUCCUUACCGUACUCACUUACUAUGGUCUUCCUCUCAACAUUAUCCGCGACGUGUUCCUCACGGCCCGCUCCUUUAUUGGUCGUGUGCGUGACUUGCUCCGUUACCGGGCCGCAACGAGGGAUAUGGAUCAUAGAUACCCUGAUGCUCUUCCCACCGAAAUGGAGGCUCUGGGAGACCGCACCUGCAUUAUCUGUCGUGAAGAGAUGGUUUCGAGAGGUACUGCUGGUGCAGGUGCCGUUACGGGAGGUCCAAAUACAACACCGAAGAAACUUCCGUGUGGUCAUAUUUUCCACUUUCACUGUCUACGUUCUUGGCUUGAAAGACAGCAAAGCUGCCCCACAUGCCGGCGAACUGUGUUGGAAUCUGGACGACCUGGAAACGCAGCUAAUGGGAAUGCAGCAAACGCCAAUCCUGCCGCGCCCAACCCACAAGCUGGUGCUGUACCCAACCCUCCUCAAGGUGCUGUUGAACUUUUCAAUCGUGUGUGGAAUGCACCUGGGCAAGGUCCUCAACCACCCGCUGCACCCGCUGUCGCAAACGGACAAGCACCAGUCGCACCCCCUCCGCCUUUUGGACAACUCCCGCCCUUCCCCUGGCACGCUGGUCAAAUCAAUCAACCUCAGUGGCCCCCUCAGGUACCACGACAGUUCCAGGGCUUCAAUGCUGGUGGGCAGUGGUAUCCUUGGGGUGCCCCUCCUGCGGAGAACGAACGUGGACAGCGACCGCAAAAUGACUCGACCCCUGCCCGAACUGUACCAUCAACAUCUGGUCUAGGUCUUCCUUCCUCUCCACCACCUCUCGAUCGUGACGUUACGUCUAUGCAGCCCAAUUCUUCUGGACCACCACCCCCAGCGCCAACACCCGUGAGGCAGGUUAUAACAGUUCCUAACAAAACUCCGCCAGAAGCCAAAGAGGGCGCGAAGUCUACCGAUUCGAAUGAGAUAGUGAACAAUGGUGGACCUGGAACAAGCGCGAGAGAGGCGGCUGCAUUGGCAGCUCUACGGAGAUUCCAAGCUGGGCGCAGCACUGAAUCAUUAAAGUCUCCUGGUCUGUCUGGCUCCAAACCUGGCAGUUUAUCCGCCACAAAUUCAAUGGAGCCCAAAUCUACUCCUCGAGCAUUGUCAUCCUCUCCAUCUGGGUCUAUCGACCUCUCGAGCCGAGCUCAGAACACGGUCCAGGAAGCCGCGGAGGGGGCUGAUCGAUUAGAAAGAUCUCCUACGUCUUUGGAGCAAGGUGUCCGGACCCAAUCCCUCCCCGGCGCCACAUCAGCCACCACAUCCUCUCGAACACAUGCACCUAAUUUAAUUCCGUUGUACAACCCCGGCUCCAACACCCCAGGCCACGGUUCCAAUAUUCCAUCGCCAUAUUUCUUGCCUUCUGGCUCUUCAACCGCGCCCUUGAUAGACGUUCGCCAGCCCUCAGCACCCCGUUCGUCACCGUACUUAUUCGGGCCUCCUUCCAGCGGUCCUCGUCCACCAUCCCUACCCAGGCAUGGUCAACUCCCAUCAGACGUCUCCGACUCUCAGCUGCGCCAACUCGAUCGAGUGACCCGCGAGGCCAUUGACGAACGACUUCGGGUCUUGGAAAGUGUACAGACUACAGUGUGGCAAUGCGUAGAAGAACUGACAAGGCUCCGAAGCUCACUUCCGGACCCUGGACUAGAGGAACGGCGGGGGUCUACCUCAGGCUUGGGUGGCGGAGGACCUAUCGGUAGCACGAAUGGAAGCACGUCCAGUUUCGAGGCCGAGGCGUUUGCACCUAAUAUUCAGGUGGAUUCUACAGAGUCAUCAGAUAUAGAUGUGAAAGGGAAGGGAAAGGGAAAGGCACUGGCAGACGUAGGGGAUGAGACCGAAGAUACCGACGUAGUAGACACCCGAUGA